CCUCGAGCUUCACAUUCGGAGGAUUUGCCACCAUGUCCUCGUCUCAGCCGCCGCAGGACGGCGACAGGCGCUCACAAUCCUCUUCCAGCAAACCAUUCACCAUGUCCUUUGGUGGCCGAGCACCUGCCUCUGCCCCGAACGGAUCCAAGAAAACCUCGUUCAAUAUCCAGUCGUCCACUCGCGAGCCGGACAGCUCUAAACGAACUCUCCCCCGCCGCCCUCACACCCUCCACGACGAUGACGAGUCCGACGAUGACGAGAGACGCGCGCCCGCCCACGAGGCUGUCACCGGCUUCGACACCAUGACCGGCACCGCCAUCCCCGCUGACCGAUCAAACGAGCCGCGCGACCUGGUCAUCCCGGUCGCAAGCAACAACAACUGGCGCAAUCGACCCGGCGUCAAUCUUCGACCGAAGGGAAAGAAUCUCCUCCCCAAGGAAGUGCAGGCGAUCCGGGAGGCCGAGAAGCGCGGCGAGGUGGCGGGCGAGAAUGUCGAGACCGAUCGCCCCAGCAUGUCUUACGGCUUGAGCUUUGCACAGACACCGCAGAACGAGGGGACCGAGGAAUCGGCGACGACGGCGACGACGGCGGUGAAUGGCGAUCAGACGAUGGAGGACGCCGACGCCGAGAAAGAACCGCGGAAACCGCUCACGCAGGAUGAGAUCGCGCUGAAUGCGCUGGUUCGCGAGAGUAAAGGGGAGCCGGAGCAUCGGUCGGAUCUAGUGAUCGAGUCGGCAGGCGGGGACCAGGAUUCGCGCUACGACGAGACGACAUCGUUCCGGGCGGACAUCGCUUCGCGGCCAGAGCCCGCGUCGCUGGACCAGUACAAUGCGAUUCCCGUGGAAGAAUUCGGAGCGGCGUUGCUACGAGGUAUGGGCUGGAAGGAGGGCCAGUCUGUCGGGAAAGGGAAGUACGGCGCUCCGUCUGCUGGCGCCGAUAAACCACGGGUCCCCGAACGUCGGCCUGGGUUCUUGGGCAUCGGGGCGAAGGAUACAUCCAGCGGAGGAAAGGGCGCUGAAGCGGAAUUUGGGGCCUGGGGCAAAGCUGCGAUGCGCAAGGGAUCUAGGAAGUCGGGCAAGGAGAGCGAGAGCAAUACCGAGGGUGUCUACAUGCCGGUCCUCAUGCAGAAUAAGAAGACGGGUUCGUUUAUGACAGAAGAAGAGCUCGCGGCCGCGAAGAAGGAUGCGAAGAAGCAGGACGACGAUGAUUGGAAGGAGAGACGGGACCGAAAUCUUGAAAAGAGCGGCCGUGAUCGAGACCGGGACUAUCGCCGACGGGAUUACGAUGAUGAAGAUGACAGCGAUCGUUACGACAGACGGAGAAAGGGAUCGUCAAGACGAGACAGAGACAGAAGCCGGUCUUCUGGCGACCGGUACUCACGGCGGAGAUACGACGAUCGUGAGGAUGAUAAGGAUCGACGAGAGGACCGACAUCGACGAGACAGGGACCGUGACCGUGACCGACGCGAUCGCGACCGCGAUCGCGAUGGGGAUCGAGAUAGGAGCCGUCGAUAUCGCGAUGAUGAUCGCUAUAGCUCGAGACACUCGUCCUCAACUUCUAGCCGGCAUGACCGGGAUCGAGACCGAGAGCGAGACAGUGAUCGUGACUCCUACCGUCGACGAAAAUAUGACGAUUGAAGCUAUCGGUCUUCAAGUCAAAUCGACGUCAAUCAUUCUGUACAGUCUAUGUCCAAUACGAGCGUCUAGCCUGAUGCAGCUCCGUUUUUCUAAUAGUGACUACUUCUGGGUAUCUACCAAUAGACGACACGAGAAGAAUGAGGAAUAUCCGGUUCUUGAACUUCUCGUCGAACACGGCCAUAGAACUUGGGAAACCAGAGCACGUCUGAUGAGCAAUCUAUAGAGACCUUUGCUCACGUAUAGUGUGCCAUCAACUGAAUAUCGAUGAAGCUUAAAGACACGAGCCGCAAAGACCCGCAUGUCGAACCACAUCAAAAGGAUUUUCAAUAGGGAAUCAAUAUAAGUAUUUAUAGAAUAAGCAUGCAAAUGAGACGCUGAUAGACACAAACAAA